AUGCUACCGUUCCGAUGGUCAGUCGAGAACAAAAUGGCCACAAAGUCGGCUCCAGUACCCCCAACGGGGCCCGUAAUCUCAGCGCCAUUGGCUACCAGUUCCCUACCGGCAGCUAAACAAGAGAUACAGCCGGUGCUGGUGGACGCCUCCCAACCCAUAUCACCGCCGCAGUCACUGACAACUCUAACGCCACUCUCUCCGCCAUUACCCGGAGCGCUACCGCCGGCACCCACCACUGCCGUACCCCCAGCGCAACCACCGGUGCCGCCGCAGCCACCAGUGGUGCCGGCGCUGGUGUUAACGCAACAAAAGUCGUCGAAAGGCGGCGCCGAUAAGAAGUCUCAGAACACGUUCGCCAUCGUCGGCGCCAAGAAGUCGACACAAAACAGCGCUGCCGGUGAUGACGGCCGGCGCGUCACCAGACAUUCGCCGCAAAACGUGACCAAUAAUACGGGAUCGCCAGGCGCUAAGUCCACGGCCACUAAGACCACGACCAAUGGGAGGGCAGCGGCGGCCGCUGCGAACGCGGCGGCACUACUGGCGCCGUUGGCCAGUAAGAGCAAAGCGCAGCCCGUUGUCGCCCACAAGAGGUCCCCCUCAUCGCCCGUUCCGCCGCAUUUGGCGGGCGCCGGGAGUGGCAAUCAGAUGCACAUUAACCCGAGUCUCGUGAGGGCGACGAAGAGUCAGCCGACGCCCGUACUUAAGGCCGCAUUCCUGGCCGCGCAGAAGUCGAGCUCAGAAGCGAAUACUAAUUCUGUGCCUAAAGUGGAGCCCAAACAGCGGUCGUCUAAACGCAAACUCGAGACUAAAGUCGUGGCGACCGCUAAACCCCAGCGAACCAGCGGUGGCACCGCCCCUCCAAUGACCGAGAAUGGGGGCGAUAAGCGAGCCUCGAAGCGGGUGCGCCUCCAGUACCAGCCCUUCCAGUCGCCGGAACCCAUGCUAGCCAUACCGCUGUGGAACCGGGCGUCCACGUCGGGCACUACGCCUACCGGUGCUAAACGGGAAGAGGAGGACAAAGUGAUUAUAUACCACAAGAACGAGUUCCUGGCCGUCAGGAACGAGACCAACGGCUACUACAUCUGUAGAGCCAAACAAAACGUGUUCAAGAAGUCGAGGAAAUUUAAGAUCUUAUGGUUCAAUAACAACGAUAAGAGUCGGCCAUCGCUUUACACUCACGACUUCUACGACGUGACGGACUUUGAGUGCAUUUUGACAAACCUUACGCUCGACCGCUUAGAUAAGGGUCGAUACGAACUUCCCGACGAUGAGAAGCAGAGGAUUAUGAAUAUACUCCAGAGGGCUAUCAAUGUCGAGAAGGGUAUCAACCCCUCGUCGGACCCGGCGCUCAAAGUGACGGCCGAUGGAGUGGACGUAUCGGUCGUGGGAAAGGCCGAGGAGAAGGAACUGCUCAAACAGAUACAAAACGUGUUCAAGAAGUCGAGGAAAUUUAAGAUCUUAUGGUUCAAUAACAACGAUAAGAGUCGGCCAUCGCUUUACACUCACGACUUCUACGACGUGACGGACUUUGAGUGCAUUUUGACAAACGUUACGCUCGACCGCUUAGAUAAGGGUCGAUACGAACUGCCCGGCGAUGAGAAGCAGAGGAUUAUGAAUAUACUCCAGAGGGCUAUCAAUGUCGAGAAGUUGGGGAGCAGCCUGGGCCGCGAGUUUCACUGCCGGCUACCUCACCUGCAUAGCCAGCACCCUUUCCGGCUCCUCUUCCUUGACGAGUUUGUCUUUAGUCCCAAACGGAGUGUCAAACCAUCGCAAGUCAGUGGCGGCGCCGGCAGUACCGUCGGCUCAGUCGGCGGUAAACACAUGAAGACUAAGUCGUCGAAAAGCGGUGCCAACUCUGCGGCCGUUGCCACGCCUUCUAAAGGGUCGCCGCCUGCCGGCGCCUCCACUACGCGGCAGACCAAACGCGGUGUCGUCUCAGCCGCGCCUCCACUCAAAGCUAACGGCCCCUCCAGUGGCGGUUCGUUAGCCAAAAAGACUAAGAAGUCGUCGCAUUCAACGGCUGUCACCAAAAAGCCCGGUAUUGCGGAUGUGGUCCAGAAACUGAAGACGAGGGCGCGCUCAGCCAAACCAGAGGUCGUGCAGCAGAGGAGGCGUUCCCAGCUGUCCGACUCGUCCUCCUCGGCCACCACUACGCCCUCACCGCCGCCUAAAAAGGCACCCAAAAAGGCGUUACCGAAGCCUAAAAAGGUGCCCAAAGCUGCCGCCGCCGGCGGGUGGUAA